UUUAUCAGUAAAUUAAAAGAACAAUACAUUCAUUAUAAAUUUAAGUACGUCAUUUUGUAAUAAUUACAUAUUUAUCUAUAAAAUGACCGUGCCAUUUUUUUUGAAAUUUUAGUGGACACUAGCAUCUGCAGAUAUGAGAGUCCUAAGCUUUAUCCUACUUUUUGUAGUCGUCUUUGGAACAAUUCAAGCUUCUCCCAUUGAUGACUCCAGCCAUGGCAUCGAAAGGUUUAUUGACAUCUACGAUAUCAUUAAACGUUGGAUCUUCAAAUUACUUUGCCUUUUGUAUCCAAACAGCUUUUGGUGCUUUUUAAAUGGUUUUGAAAUUCCUGCUGUUGCCAAUAAACCUGUGGCUAUUGAAGAUGUGGCUACUGCAGGUGUGACUAUAAAACCUGUGGGACCUGAAGGUGUCGCUUCUGAAAUCGACUUAAAUCAUGAACAACCUAAAGAAGUCGAAGGUAUCGACUUAAAUCAUGCACAUGCACAAUCUAAAGAAGUUAACGAUAUAAAUAAUGCACAAUCUAAAAAAGACUUAUCACUACGAGAGUGUUUUCCAUUACCAGAUGGUCGAAAAAUUUGCGAAACAAGAUAGGUAAUGCCUUAAGUGAAAUGUAUUAUUACAUCUAGUAAAGAUAUAAAAUCGGGAAUGUUUUAAGAUGUUUGAAUUUAUUUUAAUAAAUCAUAAAUAUUAAAA